ACCUGCCUGACAAUAGCGUUACACAUCAGUGUCAGUAAUUGCACUCAGGUGUUAGGAUCACUGAAUUCUAUCACAAUUUCUUUUUCUUCCCUGAAGUUGCUCCCUCCAAUUAGGACAGAAGCACCAUUUGUAAUGGCUACCACAGUAAUGGCAGCUCCGCCUCCUCCUGGUUGUGGCAACAUUGACCCCGAUUAUUAUUUCCUCUGUGACAUCUGUGAAGCCUGGGGCAUUGGACUAGCAACUGUGGCCGCUGCAGGCAUCCUGACCUCUUUGAUACUCUUGCUGUUAUUCACUGUGCUUGCUUGCAUAGUCAAAGACAAAAACAAGAAAAACAUGGUCCCCAUUCAGUUCUUCUUCAUCAUGGGCACUUUGGGAAUCCUCAGCCUCACCUUUGCCUUCAUCGUCCGACUUAGUAAGAAGACUGGCCCUGCUCGCUUCGUCUUACACGGGGUCCUUUUUGCCCUCUGCUUCUCCUGCCUUCUGACCCAUGCCUUCAACCUCAUUAGGCUAGUGAGAGGAAAGGUCCCUUAUUCACAACAAUCACUGCUGCUCUGUGUUCUUGGAUUCACAUUGGUUCAAGUUAUCAUAGCUGUCACAUACAUUGUCAUUAUGGUAGAAAGAGAUAACAUUGACUUGGCCAGAAUGGGAAGAGAACAACGCAACAAGGACUUUGUCAUGCUGGCAAUCUAUGUGGUUGUCCUAAUGGUCCUUGCUUUUGUAACUUCCAUGUUCACUUUCUGUGGGGCAUAUAAAGGGUGGAAGAAGCAUGGGACACACGUCUUUGUCACUCUGCUGUUCUCCAUAGUCAUCUGGAUUACAUGGAUCUCUGUAUUCCUGAGGAGUAGCAUGUCUUAUGAGACUAUUCAAAGCAAGUGGGAUGACCCUAUCAUUGGUGUGACUCUGGUGGUGAAUGGAUGGGUUUUCCUGGUGCUAUAUACAGUGCCAGAGAUCUGCAUUCUUGCUUCCCCAUUCAAGCCUGAAGACUACCCGCCAAAUAAAUCCACAGUCACACAACAGAGUGUUGAAGCAGGAAGCACUCAAGCACCCGAUAAAGAAGGUGCUGAGGAAGACGUCUUGCUUUCAGCAAAUGAGAAUUGUCUACAGCCAAAGAACCUAAAAUCCAAACCACGUAUCUCAAUCCCUCGGGCAACACUAGAUCCAGCCUACAAGCAAGAUAUUGUGGUGUGCUCUGAAUCCAAGACAGGACCAGCCGGAGGAAUAUAUUAGCAAUCCAGAAAAUAGCAGAUGUUUUGUUCGGUGAUGACUGUGCUUUUGUUUCUAGCUUUUGGUUCUCGGUUGACCUCUGCCCAAUUAAAGU